AUGGUGGAGCACACGACGUCCACGCCGUACAUCUCGGUGAUGGAUCAGUAUGGCUACCAAAUCGGCAAAGUGAUCGGGCACGGGUCCUACGGCACAGUCUACGAGGCCUAUUUCGCCAAGCAGAAGACCAUGGUGGCUAUCAAGAUUAUCUCCAAGAAGAAAGCGUCCGAGGAUUACCUCACCAAAUUCUUGCCAAGGGAAAUACAGGUGAUGAAAAGCUUGCGGCAUAAAUACCUGAUCAGUUUCUACCAGGCUAUCGAGACCACAUCCAGACACUACAUCAUCAUGGAACUGGCACCCUGUGGUGACGUUUUGGAGUGGAUCCAGAAAUCGGGAGCGUGUUCCGAGGCUCUGGCAGGCAAAUGGUUCUCACAGCUGUCCCUGGGAAUUGCCUACCUGCACAGCAAGGGUAUCGUGCACCGGGACCUCAAACUGGAGAACCUCCUCCUUGACAAGCGCGAGAAUAUCAAAAUCUCCGAUUUCGGCUUCUCCAAGAUGGUCACCCCCCAGACGCAGCCGCCGCCAACCCCUUCCUACCGCAUGAUGAGCUGCUUCUCCCAUCUGAGCCAGACGUACUGCGGGAGUUUUGCCUAUGCCUGCCCGGAAAUCUUGCUGGGGCUGCCCUACAAUCCUUUCCUCUCAGAUAUCUGGAGCAUGGGCGUCAUUCUCUACACGCUGAUGGUGGCUCACCUGCCCUUCGACGACACCAACCUUAAGAAGCUGCUGCGGGAGACCCAGAAAGAAGUGACCUUUCCCAGCCAUCUCCAGAUCUCCGACGAUGUCAAGGAUCUGGUGCACCGCAUCCUUCGCCCGGCUUCCAAGCGGCUCAACAUUCUGGAUGUGUUAAAGACUGCUUGGGUGCUGAAGUACCUUGCCGAGAAGCCCACCAACGAGCUCAAAGCCCUGGAGGCCAUCUGUGGCCCCCGGCCAGCAGAAGCAACAGCGGCAACCAGGGCUGCCACCCCCAGCACCAAGUCCCGCUCCUUGACCUUCAUCCCUGACAAAAAGAGGGGUGCCAGCCGCACUCGUAGUACCGGCCAGUUGAAGGGGACCAAGAACCCGGAGAAAACCAGUUGA